AUGGCGCCCCCCAGAUCGGCGAUAAUUGUCGGCGGCUCCGUGUCAGGCCUCCUGCAAGGCCUGCAACUCAAGCGUAAAGGCUGCGAUGUGAUUGUGAUGGAGCAGGAUCCCUCCAAGGACAGACACAGCCAUGAGUCUGGAGUCUCGAUCGGGCCCAGCGUUGUGGCCCUCCUCAAAAAAUACGAUGCCACGGGCCGGCCAGCUGCCAUUCCAACCCGAUUCCUCAGUGCUGCGUGGCGCAAGCGGCUCCGGGUGAUCAACACCGUAUGGGACCACAACAUGAGUAAUUGGGGAUGUCUCUACCUCAUCCUGCGGGCGAACUUUGACGGAAUGAAGUCGGAUGCGGUUCCCGAGCCACCGGCUCCGAAACCGGCGGAUGGAAAAGUGCAGUAUAUGCCCGGAAAGCGAGCGACGGGGCUGCACUACGACCGGGAAAAAGGGGUCGUGCAAGUGCAUUAUCUGGACGUGGUCAGCGGGGAGGAAGGCAGUGUCAGUGCGGAAAUGGUCCUUGCCGCAGACGGAGUACACUCGACUGUGCGCAAGAUCUUGCAGGUGCCGACAAGGGAGGACUAUGCUGGGUAUAUUGCCUGGCGGGGGACGGUCCCUGAGCGUCUAUUGUCGCAGGAAACGGUGGAUUAUUUCACAAACAGACUGAACUUCACGCUGCUGAAGGGGACGUACUUUAUCAGCUAUAUCAUCCCAACGGAAGGCGGCAACGUAGAACCCGGAAAGCGCCUCAUUAACUGGGUCUGGUACUACGUUGUACCGACUGGGUCUCCCGAGAUGACAGCCAUCUUCACAGACAUCAAUGGCAAGCAUCAUAAAAACACAGUCCCACAGGGUCUUGUCAGCCCAGCCGUCUGGGCGAAGCAGGUUGAGCGGUAUCUGCCGCAGAUGACAUCGCCGCUGGCCGAGGUCGUCAGCCUUACACCUCAGCCAUUCGUCACGAAGGUAGGCGAGAUUGAAGCCACGGCUUCCACCUUUUAUGAUGGCCGUCUUGUCCUUGUUGGCGAUGCCUUUGCAGGGUUCCGGUCCCACCUGGGAAAGGCUUCCGAACAAGCAGCCAGACAUUGCCUGCAAAUGGACAGAGUCUGGAGCGGCGAAAUCACCCAGGAGCAGAGGGAUCGUGAAGCUGUUCUGUAUGCCAAGAGACUUUUGUUGCUGAAUCGGAUGAUUGGGCUGACCGGGCUUGGGGUUAUGUGGGCGAUGGCCGUGUUGGCGUCUGAGUAG